CACGAGUUUAGUAAACACACACACAAUCAAGCCCGAAUAUUCUCAGGUUUAAACCUGUUACUCUACACAGUACUAGACAUACUUUUUAAAAAAGGAUCAGAACCUUGAAGAAGACAACAAUGAAUAGGAUGGUUAUAGAAGUGCUUGGCUUCGUGAUAUCUACUCUUGGUUGGGCUUUUGUUUCCUGCACAGUGGGAAUGGAUUAUUGGAGAGUUAGCUACAUAGGUGGUCAAGGAGGCUCAUGGAUCAUUAAAGCUGCAUGGUACUGGUCGACGCUUUGGAGAGACUGCUAUAUAGACUCCAGCGAUGUGGCCAACUGCAGGAACUUGGACAUCAUGUGGGUUGUGAGGCCUGGAAAUACUUCAGAACAGGGAGCAAUACGAGCUGUACGGGCAUUGUUGCUUAUUGGCAUGUUUCUGGGAUUAUUCGCUGCCAUAUUCUGCUUCUUUGGGAUGGACUGUACAUAUAUCGGUGGACGGGAGAAAACCAAGCGCAAAAUAUUACUACUAGGAACUGUUCUACAUUUUACUGGAGGUGUGUCUUGCCUUGCUGCUUAUUGCUUAUUCACAGGUAGACUGGGCACUACAACCUUUUCACGCAUGCCUGAUGCACGCCUCCUAAGGUAUUAUAUAGGUGUGCCAGUAUUCUUUGGAUUGGUAGGCAGUGCUGGCAUACUUCUGGGCUCUGUUCUGUAUGCUGUGACUCUCUAUAGUGUCCUCACACCAAAUAGAGAAAUGGACAUUUCUGCUUCAAGAAAAUACACUGUUCCUAAGACAUACAAGAGCCAGAAGAAUGGUCAAACAUUAUACAUCAUAGAUGAUGCAGCAUCAACUCAAUCUGGGUUCUCCAGCGAACUGAGUAACCAAGCAUCAAGAAGUUCUAUCAUUCUGGCUGACAGAGAUUCAUUUGUUUGAAUUUGAAGUGUCCAUGACUCCAACAUUCUAAAUAAUAUACUGUAUGUUAACAUUGGAAGCAGAAAAUUAAAAGCAAUGUGUUCUGUUUAUACCUAAAUCAAUCUUGUAUAAAAGUCUACACACCCCUGGUAACAUAAUAUGACAUCUGAUGAUAAAGAACAAAAUGUUCUUGCCUGCACGAUAUUGACCCAAAGACAAGAAAUACCUUGAUCAGUUUUGGAAUAGACCAUUCAGUGUCCAGCAAGCUUACUGCAGAUCUAUGAAAAGACUGGGAACAGAAAAGACUGUGAUAGAUCUGGGGUGUUAUAAAGAAGGAAGAUUAGAAUAAAAUUAAAAAAAAAUUAAAAUAAUAUUUAGAAUGAAUGUGCAGACAUCUGGUAAUAUGUAGUUUUCUAGACUCUUGGCUAAAAUAGCCGAGUACGGUGAUGCAAGAAAAAGGUACUUAUAUAAAGUAUUAAUUAAAAGGUGAAAGAUUUUAUUUCUGUUAAAAAUCAUCUGCUAAAUUUUCUUGCUUUCACACAGUCUUGCAUACUGGUGUGUGUUACAUUUCAAUUUCAUUUUUAAUGUAUACAAGCUAUGUAAAGGAAU